AUGGCUUGUGUAUCUUUAGUAUCAUUUCAUAUCCUGAUAAAUGGUACCCCUUGCAAGCCUUUCAAGGCUAAGAAAGGAUUGAGACAAGGGGAUCAUAUGUCCCUCUUUCUCUUCGCGAUUGGAAUGGAGUAUUUGUCAAGAUGUCUUGGAAGCCUUAGGCAUAAUCCAGAUUUCAAUUUUCACCCAAGAUGUGAAAGGCCACAUAUUACUUACUCGAUGUUUUCUGAUGAUCUUCUUAUGUUUGCUAGAGCUGGUCAUAGUUUUCUUCAACUGCUAUUUAACGCUUUUAGCAAGUUUUCCCCUGCCUCGGGCCUUAUGGCAAAGCUGGAGAAGAGUAACUUGUACACUGCUGGUGUCAGUGAAGAAGAGAAGAUUAGACUUUACCUUAUUGUUCAGAUCCCAAUGGGCUCCUUCCAUUUUAAGUACCUAGGAGUUCCUCUUAGAACUAGGAAACUCUUUUAUCAAGAAUGCAAACCUCUCAUAGAGAAUAUUGUUGCUAGGGUCAGGGCAUGGAGCUAG